GGUUUGGAGAACUGCAGCCUCAACGGCACGGCCGGGAAGAUGAACGGGGCGCUGGAACACUCGGACCAGCCGGACCCGGACGCCAUCAAGAUGUUUGUGGGUCAGAUCCCACGCUCCUGGUCAGAGAAGGAGCUGAAGGAGCUGUUUGAGCCGUACGGAGCCGUCUACCAGAUCAACAUCCUCCGAGACCGCAGCCAGAACCCUCCACAGAGCAAAGGCUGCUGUUUUGUCACGUUUUAUACACGGAAAGCUGCCCUUGAAGCCCAGAAUGCACUGCACAACAUAAAGACCUUAACAGGGAUGCACCACCCAAUUCAGAUGAAACCUGCAGACAGUGAGAAAUCUAACGCGGUGGAAGACAGGAAGUUGUUUAUCGGCAUGGUGUCGAAGAAGUGCAACGAGAACGACAUCCGGGUCAUGUUCUCCGCGUUCGGACAGAUCGAGGAGUGCCGGAUCCUGCGGGGGCCCGACGGACUCAGCAGAGGAUGUGCGUUUAUCACGUUUUCCACCAGAGCUAUGGCACAGAAUGCAAUCAAAGCCAUGCACCAGUCUCAGACUAUGGAGGGCUGCUCGUCUCCCAUCGUGGUGAAGUUCGCCGACACGCAGAAGGACAAGGAGCAGCGGCGUCUGCAGCAGCAGCUGGCGCAGCAGAUGCAGCAGCUCAACAGUGCGACCACCUGGGGGAGCCUGACCGGCCUGGGGGGCCUCACCCCGCAGUAUCUGGCUCUUCUCCAGCAGGCGACCUCCUCCAGUAACCUGGGAGCCUUCAGCGGGAUCCAGCAGAUGGCCGGUAUGAGCGCUCUGCAGUUGCAGAACCUGGCCACUUUAGCGGCGGCAGCGGCGGCGGCCCAAAACUCAGCCAGCCCCUCCAACGCAAACCCCCUGUCCUCCAACGCCGCCUCCCUGGGAGCGUUGACCAGCCCAGCCAGCUCCAACGCCAGCGCCAUGAACUCUCUGACCUCUCUGGGCACCCUGCAGGGCCUGGCAGGCGCAACCGUCGGCCUGAACAACAUUAAUGCACUAGCAGGUAUGGCGGCUCUCAACGGAGGCCUGGGCGGCGCAGGGCUCACCAACGGCACGGCGGGCACCAUGGACGCGCUGACGCAGGCUUACUCAGGGAUCCAGCAGUACGCCGCCGCAGCGCUGCCCACCCUCUACAGCCAGUCCCUGCUGCAGCAGCAGGGCGCCGCCGGCAGCCAGAAAGAGGGUCCCGAAGGUGCCAACCUGUUCAUCUACCACCUGCCCCAGGAGUUUGGAGACCAGGACAUACUGCAGAUGUUCAUGCCUUUCGGAAACGUGGUCUCUGCCAAAGUCUUCAUCGACAAACAGACAAACCUUAGCAAGUGCUUCGGCUUUGUCAGCUACGACAAUCCGGUGUCGGCGCAGGCAGCCAUCCAGGCCAUGAACGGCUUCCAGAUCGGCAUGAAGCGGCUGAAGGUGCAGCUGAAACGCUCCAAGAACGACAGCAAACCGUACUGAUCUUAGCACUAGGGUCUCUCUGCUCCCCAUGUUAGCACUGCUAGGAACAACCCAUCUCCAUGCCUGUUAGCUCAUCGUUUGCCUAGCAUGUCUCCGUGGCGUCCAAACACACACACACACAAAAAAAUUACUUUAAACGAAAACAAAACAAACAAAAAAAAAAUGUCCCCCACCAAAAACAAAAGUGUCAUCGUCCUCCUCCUUCGCCCGUCAUUGUUUUUCUGAAGUCUUUUCCGAGCUCACCUGAUCAUAACCUGGUUCUCCUCCGCCGCCUACUGACCUUUUGAACUUUGAACUUUUUUGGACUUUGAUUUUUUUUGAUUUUAAGUUUUUCUUUUUGUGUGUUUUUUUUUU